AGAUGUACUAAUAUUAUGUUGGUACUAACUGAACAAUUUUCAUUAUUUUCUUGUUUGCUGUACAGCAACAUCAUGGUAGUAGGGCGUGCAUUCACCCGAGCGCUACGACAGGAGUUUGCGGCUAGCGAGCAAGCUGCAAGGCGGGCUGGGGGCGGAGACCAGGGAACCAGUCGAGCUGCGGAGAAUGCGAGGACGGGAAUCACCGUCGAAGAGGCGAAGAAGAUUUUGAAUGUGGAAGAUCUGGAUCCCGAGAAUAUCAAGGAGAAAUACGAAUAUCUGUUCAAAAUCAAUGAUAAGAGCAAUGGCAGUUCGUUCUACCUGCAGUCGAAGGUGUUCCGCGCCAAGGAGAGACUGGACGAGGAGUUGAAGAGUGCAGAUCAAGGUGGCCGCAACAAGCCAUCUAGUGAAAAUACGUAGCGCAGUUUAUUUUGGCCUGUGUUGUAGACUAGGCUAACAGCUUUACAGUAAGGCUAAAUGCAGAGGUAACUGUGAUACAAUUCAAAUACGUUCGUAUAGUCACCUGGAGAAGCAAGAAUAACUUGAAGCAAGUAGUGCACAUCGUUUUUAUGAGCAAUUAUUUAUGUAUUCCUUCUUUUGUUCUCUAAAUAAUGCACAACUUUAGGUAUUACUGCAGAAAUAUUUGGAAUGUUCAUAUGUCAGGGAAGUAAAAUAGUGUUUAUAUUUAACUUGGUACUUGCAACUAUGAUCAUGAAGUUCUUGUAUUAGGGGCUAAAUUACUGUUCUUAGAUUGGCAGCUUUUCAUUUAGAGCAAAUCAUUUUUGCAAAUGUAUUUUUGUACACUGCAAACAUUUCUUUAUUCACCCCUUAAACUGGUCUAAAAUUCCUACUGAAUUUGAUGAUACUUUCUAGUGGGCUGGACCAUGAUGUCGGGAAAACUUAUGUCACAAAUGCCAUUAAAAAAAAAAGAAGAAAAAUGACUGGGAAAAUUAUAAAAUUUACUGUGACAAUGAUAUUGAAGCAAAAACAGUAAUUUUACAUGAAUAUUUACUCGUUUUCAACUUGCUAAAACACUCAUAAUGUUUGCAGACUGCAAGGAUGUUUUCAGCUAGUAAGUUUCAUACAAUAUCAAGUCAUCAGGAUAGGCACAGGGUGUUCUAAGUAGUAAAUUAAAACUGCAUCAUGUACUAUAGGAUCAACAUAUAAAAACAAAACAUUAUCAGAAAGUAAACAAAAGCGAUAAAUGCUGUAUGAACGACCAUAAAUUUCUGGUCCCAACAAAUUUGUUGCUUUUACUUAACAAUAAACAUACCUAAUGAUACGCAAACAACAAAUUCAAUUUGGUGAUUCUUUCCUCCAUUCCACUACAUGGGUCAGAAUACUUUUUAAAAUGCAAAUAAAAAUUAUCUGUCAUGAUACAUAUCAUUGCACAGCAAUUUUAAAUUAAUUCAAAUACAAGUAACCUAAAAAAAUUUUUUUUAUAGUAACAAUCACAUACCAUAUAAUAAAAAAAAUAACUGUUUCCAUAAUUAAUAAAAUUUUGCAGUCUGGUUUGUAGAAUGUAUAUGAAAUUUAUUUGUUGGUUUUUUUUAUGCAGAAGCUGCUAAUUUAGGUAAUUAACAAUUAGGGAACAUCUCAAGUUAAAUUAUCAGUAAAAAAAAAUAUUCAUUAGAAAUUCUUAUAAAGAUGAAAUUCAGGUGAAAUGUUUUCUUUGGCCUUUGAUUUUAUAAAGUUGUAAUUCUGUAAUUUUGUAUAAGUUUUAUAUUUGAUUAUGUAUUUUGUAGACAAAUUGGUCAUGUGACCCAACUUUUGUACAGAUGGUGAGGUGACAUUUAAUUAUUAAGGUUUUUUUUUUAAAUUUGUACCCUUCUCUUCUUGACUUUGAAGCUAUAUUAAUAUUGAGUAUGUUUACAAAAUACAUCUUUAAAUUAAUUAAUUUUCAUUAUUAAGAUUUGAACCAAUUUAUACAAUUUUUAAUUUUGUAUAUAUAAAUGCUUCAAAAAUUGAAUGUUAAAAGAUAUUUUUGGUUACAAAAUGGGGUCAUGUGAUUAUUUUGUCCACAAAAUCUCCCAAUUUGAACACAACUUGUAUAAUGUAGUAAUAACUACAAAUAUUUCAGGAUUAUUUUGUUUUUGUAUGUUGGCCAAACUUGGUACUUGUAAAAUAUUGUUAUGAAUGUUAUUGGAACAAGUGGUUCUAGUCAUGUACAAUAUUAUGCAUGUUGGUGAAGAACAAUAACACUCAAGAAAAAAAAAAAGGCUGGUUAACUCAUUCUUUAGAAUUGUUUGCAAAUUUUGAUGGGAGUUAUUUUGUUGUUCCAAGAGAGACAUGGCAAACUACUUGCAUCAUACCAAAUAUUGUAAUAGGGACAAUAUAGAUAACUCAUAAGAAACACACGAGACAAAUGAUGUAAGCAAACCUGGCAACAUGGAGUGAAAAUAGCUUGAAAGCAAUGCAGUAAAUUGUCUCGCACUUCGCCAAUGUUAAUUGCCCAGAGUUUCCCAUAUUGUCGUAUUACAAUAUUUAAUCGUACAUCUUUAAUUUGUUGAAUUAUUUUCAUUAUGCACCUACUUGUUGAUAGUUGUUUGAUGUAGCAUUUAAAUUAAGCUGCUGUGCAGUUGGUAGUAGUUACAGGGUAUACCUGUAGUUUUAAUGAUACUAACAUGCUAAAAAAUUAAAUUAAUAAAAAUGUUGUUGAAAAUA